AAGCGAACUACUACCAAAGUUUCUUUGAUCUCAACAUAUGUAAUAUGCGUCAAACUUGGAAAGGAAUUAACGAGCUAAUUGGAAACUGUAAAAAGAAAAACAAGCGCAACUCAACUAACUCUAUUCGCUCAAACCCGAAUGAGGUUCCAACUAGUGACCCGAAGGAAAUAAGCAAUAUUCUUAACAAAUAUUUCGCCACUGUUGGGAGCAAACUGGCUUCUAAAAUUCCUCAGACCAUAAAUACAUUCUAUGAUUAUUUAGAUCCGCCACUUAAUCGCACUUUCUUCUUUGAUCCUAUUAUUCCGGAAGAUAUCAAUUUAGAAAUUUCAGUUUUGCAAGACAACAAGGCCCAUGGUCUCUACUCAUCUCCAGUUAGGCUGCUGAAAUUAGCAAAAGGGUCAUAUCCGUACCUCUAGCUACGAUUUUUAAUCAGUCUAUUUGCUCAGGAUUUUUCCAUCUAAACUAAAGUGUGCUAAGAUUAUCCCGAUAUUUAAGGACGAAGAUGACACGCUGCCCGAAAACUACCGACCUAUUUCUCUGCUCUCGAUUUAUAACAGGAUUUUGAAAAACUUAUGUACUCCAGAGUUACCAAGUUUGUCAAAGAUUGCAACAUUCUCUAUGAUCAGCAAUACGGUUUUCGCAGUAAGCACAGUACUCAGCAUGCUGUACUUGAUAUUGUUAACACAAUUCUCCAAAACAUGGACAACGGUAAAUUUUCGUGCGGUGUUUUCAUCGAUCUCAAAAAGGCUUUUGAUACUGUUAACCAUGAAAUUUUGUUAGCUAAACUUGAAAAUUAUGGUAUUAGAGGUGUAAUAAACUCCUGGUUCAGAUCAUACCUGACUGAUCGGAAGCAAACUACGGAAGUUAAUAAUGUUGUGUCUGAGGCUGAAACGACCUUGUGCGGCGUGCCACAAGGCUCAGUCCUCGGACCACUCUUAUUCCUACUGUACAUCAAUGAUAUUUACAAGUCCUCUUCGUUAUUUGCCUUUUAUCUAUUUGCUGACGAUACUAGUAUAAUACUUGCAAAUAACAACCUAAAGGAACUCGAAACACUUGUUAAUCGCGAGCUUGGCAACGUCAACGAAUGGCUAAAGGCCAACAAACUGUCCUUGAACAUAAAAAAAUCAAAUUUUGUAAUCUUUCGUCCCCGGCAAAAGAAUAUGCCCUUCAUACCUAGGAUUAGAAUUUUUGACUCCGUGACUAACACCUACGCAAACCUUGAAAUGAAAGAUUAUGUAAAAUACCUUGGCUUAAUGAUUGAUUCAAAUCUUUCAUGGAAAUACCACAUCGAAUCUGUCUGUCACAAAAUCAGCAAGUCGAUAGGAAUUAUAGCUAAAAUUCGACAUUAUGUCCCGCGUCGUGUUUUACUUUCAGUUUACAACUCAUUAAUUGUCCCUUACUUGACUUAUGGUAUUUGUGGUUGGGGAAAUUGUGCCUUGACAUUUCAACGAAAGAUCGUAACUCUACAAAAACGGGCCUUACGUCUCAUUUACUUCAGUAAGUCUAAGGAACACGCCGUACCCUUCUUUCUCAAAUCAAAUUGCCUUCCCCUGCCUAGCAUAUUUUUCAGAGAUUGUAGCUAUUUAUUGUAUGAUAUCAACAGACAGACAGCACCAGUUAGUAUUCUCAAUCAGUUCGUUAAAACAAGUCCGAUUCAUAACUACAGAACAAGAUCUGUCUCUAGCGACUCGUUUUAUGUUAAGUUCUCUAGAACCGAUAAAAUGUAUGCCUUUUUCACGAGAAUCGGUGCCCAAAUUUGGAACUCUAUUCCGUAUUCGAUUAAAAUACUUAAACGUUCGUCCUUUCGUAAAAAAAUAAAGGAAUUAUUACUAAAUUUUUUGCGGUCAGAAGAUGAUUAUGUCGAAGUCUCCCGUCUUAUUAAGUUAUUUAAUACUUUAGUUAACCUCUCUUCGUAA